AUGUCCCAAAAAGGUCUACGCGAAAUCUACGAUCUUUAUAGACGUAUUCUGCAUAAAAACGCAGACAUGUUCCAAGUCGCCACUCAUCCUACUUCGUUCGCCAUGCACGGUCAUGGCCACCAUCAGGUCAUGCACAGCAUGUCACCAAUUCCCGGUAUUCAGUUACCCCGUACUCUGGCUCGCCCACCCUUUGCUGAGGUGUCGCGCGACGCGAUCAUGGCUGUAGCACCAGAGCUUGCCAAUGUUCCACCUGAGUACAUCCGGAGAGGACUUAGACCAAAGGCAUUCCAAAUGCUUGCAGGGAUCUCUGCUUUACCCCCAUCUCAUUUGCCCAACACUAUGCAAAAAUCGCAGGUGCCACAGGUCAUCUCCAUCCCCAUCCGGUCGUCCUCUUCUACAUACCCGACCCAUGUACUCGCCGUUUCCUCAUCGAAAUCGUCUCCAAAUGAGCACGUAUUUAUGUUUCCAGUUCACAAUGUUAUCAUUGCUGCGAAUUGCUCUACACUUCCCCGACUACCCGUGUCCUCAUCCACACCCACCGGGAUGCUCCAACUUCCUGUUCUUCCGCUCGUACUUCCCUCUCCAGCGGCGUUCAAGGUGCUGCACACAUAUCUUUACACCCACAGUCUCGACGCGGUUCUCAAAUCGCUAUUCCCUCUCCCAUCUGGCUUCGUGCAAGGUCUCUCGCACCACACGGUCAAGUCAACGUUGGCAUCAGCGAAUACACUACACCAGCUGUCCAAUUAUUUGUGCUCAUCUGCCGGUGGAAGCCUUCAAGUGCUGACCACACAUGCGGCACACGUCAAGGAGUUGUGGCAGGACAUGGUUGCCCUCGGGCUCCACGAUCCUGAGCUUUGGGACACGAUUGAUCUCGCCUGGGAACUCAUCCUUGGCGCCCUCAACAUUGCUGCCUCCAGUCAUUAA